UUCCUCAAAAAGGACAGGCACACGUUUUGACUCUGUAUUCCCCCCGCCUCCUCCCACCACAGAAAUAGAAAGGCCGUGUCUGUGGAAGUUGAGUUAAGUAGCCGGACCAUCUACAGCCGAGAGGAAGGGGAGAGUAGUUUGUUAUAUUAACAGAAGGUUUUUAAUCUGCCCCCGUUUAAAUCCAUCCGGGAUUAUACCCAGAAUACCGUGUGGCCCAAAUCAGAGUGUACAAGAAAGAGAAGUUUGGAGGGUUUUUUCAUCAACAAACUUUGAAAACCCCAAUCACAUGCUGGUUGGAUUAUCAGGGGCUAGUUUACUUAUUCCCAAAUUGGGAUUUUAAAUUGUAUUAAGCAAAAUACCUCCAUACACAACCUUAGAAGUAAAUAGUAAGGAGUUGUGGGUCAUUAAUUUUGUGCUUCGCUAGUUAGCUUGACCAAUAUAAAGCUGCUAACGUUCAGAGAGGGAUGGCUUUGGACUUCGCCGCGGGUUGCUUUGGAGGCGCUGCUGGUGUUUUGGUUGGACAUCCUUUUGAUACAGUAAAGGUGAGGCUCCAAAUUCAGAGUGUGGAUAAACCCCUCUACAGGGGGACCUACCACUGCUUCCAGUCCAUCAUACGCCAGGAGUCGAUGCUGGGCCUGUACAAGGGCAUCGGCUCUCCCAUGAUGGGGCUGACGUUCAUCAACGCCAUCGUGUUCGGCGUCCAGGGCAACGCCAUGCGCUACCUGGGCCGCGACACGCCGGCCAACCAGUUCCUGGCGGGCGCGUCGGCGGGCCUCAUCCAGUGCGUCAUCUGCUGUCCCAUGGAGCUGGCCAAGACGCGCAUGCAGAUGCAGGGCACGGGCGAGAAGAAGAAGUCCUCGCGGAAGCUGUACAAGAACUCCCUGGACUGCCUGGUGCGGAUCUACCGCCGGGAGGGCAUCCGGGGCAUCAACCGCGGCAUGGUCACCACCGUCAUCCGCGAGACGCCGGGCUUCGGCAUCUACUUCCUGGCGUACGACGUGCUGACGCGGCGCCUGGGCUGCGAGCCCGACGACCCCUACAUGAUCCCCAAGCUGCUGUUCGCCGGCGGCAUGUCGGGCAUCGCCUCCUGGCUCUCCACCUACCCCGUGGACGUGAUCAAGUCCCGCCUCCAGGCGGACGGGAUGGGCGGGGUCCACCAGUACAACGGCAUCGCCGACUGCGUGCGGCAGAGCCUGAAGAAGGAGGGCUGGCGGGUGUUCACGCGCGGCCUCACGUCCACGCUGCUGCGCGCCUUCCCCGUCAACGCCACCACCUUCGCCAGUGUGACGCUCUUCCUGAUGUACAUGCGCCAGGGCGAUGGCUCCGCCCUCCAGGACUGUGAGACACAGGCUGUUUCGGUGGAGCCCACCAGCAUGUAACUCCAAGCCCUCCCUGACCCACCAGGGAGGGGGGGGGGGGGGGGGGGUUAGUGUGCUGGUCCAGAGCUGAAGCAUACCCAUGCAUCAGCACACUUUGCAUCUUUCUUUGCUUCUCAGGGCCUUCGACCAUCGACGAUCGUCGGGAGACGCAGCAGCAUCUAUUCCAAGAGAACUUGACUCCUUGGAGCGCCUUGACAAGUGACCACUUCUUGUGUAUUUUAAGAUUACAACUGUACUUGUAAAUACGAACAUCCUUGGUUUUAGUAACGAGUCGAUUGUUUUAAUAUUCGUUAUUUAGGUGACUUUAUGUAGCCUCGUGAGGCCAUCCAGAUAUCGCAGUUUUGUGUUUCGCAAGGAAUAUCAGUGUGGCCUUGGCUGGGUAGAUCCGUAUUGACCCGAAUAUGAGCCUAGUUUUUUUUGUCUGAAACAUUGGGGUCGUCUUAUAUACGGGGUCUAGACUUUUAAAUCACAAUAUACAUUCACAACUUCCUGGUAAUAAUAUCUUAUUAUACCAUUCAUUUUACUAACUCCCAUCUGGUUCUAUGCUCCUUUCACCAUAAAAACUGGGUGUUUCGGAGAAUAACAAAACCCGUGCCAACCCCUCCACAUCUCACUCCUCUGGAAUUAUAUGGACAGUAGAGAGUCCUGGAUGUCCUUAUCCUUACGGGAUUGUGUUUUUGAUUUUCAAAUACAAUUAUUCUUUUAAAUAAAACUGAUUUCAUCUUAAAAAAAAAAAAAGAGGGGAUGGAUGUUACAUUUGUCAUAAGAAGUGCAACAAUAUAUCGCUGUCGGUACAGAAAGGAUGUUCAUAGAACCAAGUGUACAACAAUCGCUAGGCUAACCAAUUCCCCGUGUUACAGCAAUGAUAGCAGCUACUGCAGUUGCUACACAGUUAAGUACUAUGAUACAAUACAACACAAUACAAUACAAUGUACAAUGGUGGCCAGAAGGGGGAGGGAUGUCUUGCAUUCUCCAGUGAAUCAGAGUGAGAGAAAAACCUUCCUUGCAGAUUUGUUAAUAUUUUAUCAUUGUCAUUCAGUCUAUUUAAUCAUGAACUGUAACUCUUUCCCCCUCUAGAUGAACGAUCCUAUUAAUGUUCAAUUUUAAAUCCCCAGACUUGACUGCAGAGAGUAACUAAAUGAACUCACCAGACCAGGAUGGCCUCUCAAGAUGCUUGACUUUAUGGGUUACAUUGCCACUUAACAUAGCAGUGUGUUACAUGUGGUGAGUUUAAUGUGGACUGCAUAGGAAAUUGUUUAGGUCAAAGCAACACUUGUUUUUUUCAUUUCGUCUUCUGUGAGUAUUCAUUCAGUACUCUGGUUGAAAUGCAUCUGAAUGAAAAGUAAUUUUGUUCCAAAUAGUUAUUUUAAAAAGAAGAGUAUGAUUACUUUCUUUGCCUUUUUGCAAAACUACUACAUGAUGCUAAAAAGCUUUUGGAUUCAUACACUGAUUGUUAAACUCUCCUUGUUUUUAGUUAAUUAAUUUCAUGUUUUCAAAGUUUGAGGCUCAACCAAGAGUACAAUUUUGAAAUUGGUCAAAUAAAGCAGGAAUGGAAUUGGGACACAAGACAUGGCCUUUUCAGUUUACAAUUGACCAGCAGACCACGUCCAAAUCCUCAGUUACACAUUAAAAGGUAGCCAUACAUGUACACUACAUACUUUUGGAUACUAUAUUUAUAUGUAUUUAAGGAUCUUUAUACAGUUCCAGAAGAUCCGAACUUUCCUAUGAAAAGUCAUGUUACUGUAGAGUCUGUGGGACUUUGUCAAGUGGAAGAUUCUAUGCUGAUUGUAUGGAUGGGAAUCUGAGCAAUACGUUUGUUUCAAUCCAGUGGACAAUAUUAAUUAAUUUUAAAUGUUCCUCUUGGUUUUCUUUGGCAACGGUUUGGAAAUACACCAACAAAGAUCCCUUUAGCCGAAAGAGAAGCUCUUAUUUGAAAUAAAUUAUCUUUGUUAACUCUAAACUAUGAUCUUUUCAGAUUGAAUGAAGCCAAACUAGUUAAUCAGAUUAAGUUCUUUUCUACUGUACCUUCAUUUUGUUUUGAGAAACUGCUGUAUCAUAAAUAUGAAGUGUAUAUGGGGUUAAAAAAACAAUCGCACAAUGACAAGGGGAUUAUCUGUGAGUUUGGUUCUGCAAUGUGGAGACCAUUUUUCAGUCUUCUAUUACUUUAUAUAUUUUUAGCUGUGCCAUGUUGCAUUAAAAUCGUCCAAUCCUGGGCCAUGCCAUUUGACAGAUGAAUGUGAUCGCUGGCCUUGUAAAAUGUUCACCACUGUUGCCUGUGUUAUGUACAUCUGUGAAUGUUGAAUCUGCCAUUUGUCUUUUUUUUUAAUGAAUGACUGAAUAAACCAGUUCCAACAUUUA